AGUCUGCAUGUUCCUCCCACUAUUUUCCACUGAGCGACAAGGCUGCACAUUGUGCUCAGACCGGGCCAGCCAGCCAAGGUUACACUACAGCCGUUCUCUCUCUCUCUCUCCCCCCGCCUCUGAAGGUAGACAGUCCACGGCGCACACAGCCGCAUCUCUUCAUCCACAUUCCACAUCUCGCCUCUCUAUCUUAACACGGCUGUGGGACUUUAUGGUGACAAAUGGAGACCUUCAAUCAUAAACUGAACACUUACAUAGAGACAUGGAUGGGUCCCAGAGAUCAGCGGGUGAAGGGAUGGCUGCUGCUGGACAACUACCCACCAACCUUUGCACUCACAGUCAUGUACCUUCUGAUCGUGUGGAUGGGGCCCAAGUACAUGAAACACAGGCAGCCGUACUCCUGCAGAGGCCUCCUGGUGCUCUACAAUCUGGGCCUCACGCUCUUGUCCUUCUACAUGUUCUAUGAGCUUGUUACUGCUGUGUGGCAUGGUGGCUACAACUUCUACUGCCAGGACACUCACAGUGCACAGGAAGUGGAUAAUAAGAUCAUAAAUGUCCUGUGGUGGUACUACUUCUCCAAGCUCAUCGAGUUCAUGGACACAUUCUUCUUCAUUCUACGAAAGAAUAAUCACCAGAUCACAUUUCUUCACAUCUACCACCAUGCCAGCAUGCUGAAUAUCUGGUGGUUUGUUAUGAACUGGAUACCCUGUGGCCAUUCAUAUUUUGGUGCGUCCCUAAACAGCUUCGUCCACGUCGUGAUGUAUUCUUAUUACGGCCUCUCAGCCAUCCCAGCCAUGCGGCCGUACCUUUGGUGGAAGAAAUACAUCACACAGUUACAGCUGAUCCAGUUCUUCUUAACCGUGACCCAGACAAUGUGUGCAAUCAUAUGGCCGUGUGGCUUCCCCAUGGGGUGGCUGUACUUUCAAAUAAGCUACAUGGUCACGCUCAUUAUCCUUUUCUCAAACUUCUACAUUCAGACGUACAAGAAGCACAGUGGUUCUCUAAAGAAGGAGCACCAGAAUGGCUCUCCUGUAUCAACAAAUGGACAUGCAAAUGGGACACCAUCUUUGGAGCAAACUGCACACAAGAAACUGAGGGUGGAUUGACAUUUGAGAAACCGCCACCCAAUGCUCACUGUAGCGUGUUAGCUAAUGCUGCUAGGAGGUAUAUGUAUCUUCUUAUCUAGAAUAGUCUAGCAUUCACUUGAGAUGAAAUAAGCCAUAGCCACAUAUAUCCAGAGACUUUCCAUGUUUUGCACACACUGCUACUCAUGGUAUUGAAAUAUUAAAUUAAUAUAGUUAAAGGAGAAGAGUAUUGUAGUAUCGUUGACGCUGCACAAUAUUUACUCCCCUACCCUCUAGAAGAAAUUUACUCCAAAGGAAAAAUCUCUCUCUUGCUACCAGCAAACAGACACACAUUUUGACUCAUUCAAUGAUGCUUGACACACAAAGAAGGUCCAAAGAUGAAAGCUCCAGUGAGUGUGUUGGCAAAUGAAGGUUUCAUCACACUUAAUGACAUCAUCCUAAGGGACAAUUAAAACAACACAGUGCUUACUAUGGUCUUUAAUGUGUAACCAGAGCAUGCAUCUUGUGUCUUGCCUUAUCUAACUCCUGCCUGUGCUGUUACAUAAUCCUAAUUUUCUUUGCCCGUUGUACUAUUGUAAUGCAUUUUUACUGGCAGGUAGUAACAGCAGAAGUUGCAUUUAGCUGUAUAUUUGCAGCGCAGGGGCUCCAAUUUGGAAUGUUUAGCCAUCUAAACAAAGCAUAACCAAAGUAUAGCAUACUUCAUAUGUGAGGAUUCAUAUUUAAACCAGUAUAAGACAAAAUACUUGAGGGCUGUUGUUGUGUUUUAUGAGCAAAGUUUAAACUCAGUCCUCCUUAACAUCCUCCAUGUUACAAAAAUCUGUUUUUCUCCUGUCACUCUGUGUUAUAUCUAUUGUAGCUCUAUCCAGUAAAUGCAGUUAGAACUUGAAUUCACUGAUGUAAAUGAGGCAAUGCCAAUUAGGUCUGCAGUGCAGUGCUACAUAUUUAGGUAUCAAAUUUAUUAAAACAAUUUAAUCAUACUCUAUGAUUGAGCUCUAAAAAGUCAAAUAUAUUAUAUCCUGAUUAAUUUUACUAUAUAGUUGAGAAUGAAAGCUCACUAUGGACCAUGGAAACAGCAGCUGAAAAAAAAAACAAUCUCAUGAAUAAGGUCCACAUUUAGUAGAUGCUCUGGAGCUUUGGCUUGUCACAUUAUCUUUGUCAACACACAUUUGCCCAGAUGUCAUGAGAACAUUCUCAGAAAAAUGGACACAUCUGCUGAGGAAGAUCAUGUGAUACAAUCAAAAGCUCUAGAACAGCUAUUAAAUGGACCUUGUAAUGGAAUUAUUUUGGCAAAUAAUUUAUUUUUGAGUCUAUACAUAAAUAGGGUGCCUUCUAGACCAGUUGAUUUGGUUUCUAAUGUAGCAUUGUUCAUCUUUUCAAUAUGCUGUCACCAGCCUUAUGUUGGUCCAUUUCAGACAGACAUACAUCCUGUCCAAAUCCUGUGCCUGACUCUUUAUUUUUAUUUUUCUUCAAAUCAUCAAAUGUUCUCAAUUAUCAUUCAUAACAACUGGCACAUACUAAACACAAUAAUGAUGUUUAUCUCUGUUGUUGCUGAGAGUUAGAUCAGAGAAUGCUAUAUUAAGCUACGGUCAGCAGCUCGUUAGCUUAGCUUAGCAUAAAGACUGGUAACAGGUUGCCUAGCUAGCACUGUUCAAAGGUAACAAAAUCCACCCACCAAAACCUCUAAACCUUAGUUUGAAUCUUGUUAAAUUUGGACAAAGCCAGAUUAGCUGUUUCCACUUUUUAAGCUAAGCUAGGCUAACUGGCUGCUGGCUGUAGCCCUGAAUUUGGUGGAAAGAUAUGAGAGGUAUCGUCUAAACUAUUGCCUGGCAAGAAAGUGAACAAGCAUAUUUCCCAAAAUGUCAAAACUAUUCUAACAAAAAAGAACAUGAUUCUUCCUGAAGUAAAAACAACAAAGUAAUUGCAUAAGAAUUACUUCUUUUUUUGGUGGGGAAAGAAGGAUGUAGUGAUGCAACUAUUUAUUUCUAUGUGUUUUGUUAAUGUUGUCAGGGGCCUAUUGUGAACAGUAAAUGCUGGUAUAGUAAACAAAGGUAUAAAGAUGUUUGAAUCAUGAACUGUAAAUCUGACACCCUCACUGUAGAGCACUGCUGCAUCGCCCUACCACGCUGAUUCAAUUUAAUGAGGUACCGUAUGGCCUUUACCAUUGAAUGAGCAUGACAUGUCGCUCAAAUAUAUACUGUAGGUGACCUAGAUUCAUGUUCACUGUAUCAGAAAUGAUUGUUAAAAUCUGAAUAAUACAUACAAAGGCCACGGUUUCUCUGCGUGAUGAAUCUGGUCCACAGACAUCAGCCAAUAACACAAAACUGGUUUAACAAGCAUGAACCAUAUCUACUCAGAAAUUUAACUUAAUUUUAAUUUAAUUUUUUUUUAUUUCCAGCCACACUCCCACUGGUAUGACAGCUGAAGGUAACAUGGUUUACAUAUUUAAGGGCAAAAUUAAAUUACUCCCUAACUUAUAAGGGCCAGGGAAGCAUACAAGUUUGAGAUAUUACAUACAUUUUAUAAACUGUUAAAAUAAAUAGAUAAAUUUUCUGAAAUCUUGGGUAAAUCUGGGUUAAUACGUUGUGACUCAUGCUUUACUCAUUGUAACACAUUAAAAACAAACUGAGAUUAUAAACCUUCUUGUUUUCCUUCCUUGAAAUGAUGUAAAUGCUUCAAAUAAUAUUGUUUGAAGUCAACAACAAUAUCUGUAAGGCAACAGAGUUGAGAGUUCACUGAGCCGCAUAAAUAUUCUAAAUUUUAAUUUUAAUUCUAAUUUAAUGGCUUGUGACAACAUUUAUCAGCCAUGCUUUGUGUUUUAUGCUAUAUUAGCAUGCUAAUACGCUAAACCAAAAUGAUAAACAUGGCAAAUAUUAUACUUGCUAAACAUCAGCUUGUUAGCAUAGUCACUGUGAGCGAUGUUAACAUGUUUAUGUUAGCAUUUAGCUGAAACCACCGCAUGGCUGUAGACUUGUUAUUGACUUUUAAUGAAUAUGAUGUAAGGCAAUAUUUAUUUUUAUUUAAACUGGCUCUACUGAACAAUAUAUACUGUAACAUCAUGUUUUAUCUAAACAAUACAGAAUAAUUUAGAGAAGCUUUUUAAAUGAAAAUGUCAACAAAUAUUUCGCAAAAUGUUGUUAAAGAUUUUUUGAGCUAUGCAAAAAUGCACCUUAUGAAGAUUCUUACUGUUAGUAAACAUGAUGUAAAGAUUAUUCAUUAUUAAGACAAAUGAAAAUAAAAUGAUAAACCUUCACCACA